AUGCAGCCACCGCCCCGAAAGGUGAAACCCACAGUGUCUCUAAAGAAUAUCCAGACUGACCAGGUGUCUAAACUGAACAUUAAGCACCAGCAGGAAUGCGAUCUUCUAGAGGAUAUGAGAACUUUCUUUUCGAGGAAGGCCGCCCUGGAGAAGGAAUACGCACAG